AUGGACCUCCUCAGGCCCACUGGUUCGCAUAUCGCCAAACGAAGUAAUAACCCGUGGGUCAAGCCGGCGUACCAUUACGAAGCUUUCAGAAGCUCUCCAGCAUACAGCAUCUUCACCGAGCUGGACCCUGGCACGCACACUGCCCAUUCUCGCCUCCUUACACCCGCCUUUUCACAGACAAGAGUCACCGCGCCGGACGCGCAGCAACUUGUGUGGGACAGAUGCAACGCCAUGGUGCAAGGCAUGCGCAAGUACCUGGCAGCGGACCAGAGGCGCGAGGAUGCAUACUCCGAGUCUACCACCGUUACCGUAGGUCUCAACACGGCGUUCCGCAGCUUCGCUUUGGAUGUCGUUACGACUUGGACAUUCGGGCACUGCGCCGACAGCCUAUCCAGCUUCCACUCGGAGCUAUUCGAGAUAUUUGAUUCGGCAGCCGAGAGCGUGACAUACUACACCAGGAAGUCCUUGGAGGAAAACAGAGCGGCCCUGAACGGCGCUGGCGAAGUUGUCCCUUGUGUAUUCUCUGAGCUCAUCUCCUCCCGGUGGCAAGAGAAACGCAGUUACACCCCGUCGGACGGGCAAAUAAUUUCAGACGGGAUUGUGAUUCUAGCAGCUGGAGCCGAUACGACAGCAGCCGCUCUAUCCAUCGGCAUCCACUGGUUGGCACGAAAUCCAGACCUGUGGCAGCAGUUGCAAGACGAACUACGGCCGGUCAUGGAGACCGAGGAAGCGUCCCCUCGCAUCGAAGCGCUUGCUCAGCUACCUCUCCUCAACGCAGUUCUCAAAGAAGGCCUGCGGGUAUCCUGCCCCAUUCGUGGCCACAUGCCCCGAGUUGUCCCUGCAAAGGGUUGGAACUAUAACGGAACACACUUUCCCGCCGGGACGGUUGUCGCCACUUCAGCCUUUUACGGAUGUUAUAACGCAACGGUCUUCCCCAACCCUGAGCGUUAUGAUCCCACGCGAUGGUUACCGCCGAAACACACAGCCAAGAUGGAGGCCCAUCUUCAACCCUUCUCGAGAGGCACCCGGCAGUGCAUAGGGCAGAACUUGACUUUAGCCAUGCAGCGAGUAGCCAUCGCGAGUGUGGUGUAUAACUUCCAACCGGUUGCCGUCGACAGUACGGAAAUCAAGACAAGAGAACGCAUUCUCUGCCUCCACGGCGACGGGACAAACGCGAUGGUGUUCGCGGCUCAAACGCGGCAUCUGAGACGUGCCUUGGAGUCCCAUGGCAUAGAACUUAUCUACGCAACCGGGCCGUUCGAAUGCGAUCCGGGGUACGGCGUGUCACCUUUCUUCGACGACUGCGGGCCCUUCUACCGUUGGUGCCCUAACGAUCCGCGGGACGUCCAAGGCCGGGACUUUACGACUGAGGAGGACGACCUUGCCGAAUCGGCAGCCAUGGCGGCGGGCAUUAUCGACAUGUUUGAAGAUCUGCGCUACGAAUUCGGUCACGAUGACGCCGACGGCGAGAACGGCCGCGACGGCUUCGUCGGUAUCCUCGGUUUUUCUUCCGCCGCGGCCGUCGUGGCGGGUAUUCUCGCUGUGCAAGACAACAGCGUCGAGGACCUCUGUCCUGCGUGGUAUCGCUUCCGAUUCGGGGUUUUGAUCAACGGGACUGGGCCGCCUGCAAGGUUUCCGACAAUUGGCGGGGACGCCGGCAAGCAGCCGAUCGAGGUGCCGACCUUGUCUGUCGUGGGAAAACAGGAUCAGUGGCAGAGUCAAAGCAGGCUUCUCAAUACCUCCUUUGAUAGGGAUUUGUUGACCUGUUUGGAAUUUGACAAUGGGCACAAGAUACCUUCCGAGGAUGGACAAGUUCAAAAGAUGGUGUCUGUCAUUCUAGACAUGGUACGUAAGACUGAUCAGUGUAUUCAAGUAUCAUAA